UUCAACUUUUCAGAUAACUCUGAAACAAUAAACAAGAGACAAUGUCGAUCUCUAACGCUGAUAGUGAGACCGGAACUACACUUUCGUAUGGUGUUGUCGAGGGCUCCGUUGACUUCCGAGGCAAGCCAUCCCUCAGGUUCUCUUCCGGUGGCUGGAGAUCCUCUGGCUUCAUCAUUGGAGCGGAAGUGUCGGAGAAGUUCGCCUACUUUGGAGUAGCCUCGAAUCUGAUAACCUACUUCACGGCGCAGUUAGGGGAGUCAACGGCGGCUGCAGCCUCAAACGUCAACCUAUGGCUCGGGACGGCAGCUUUCUUGCCACUGAUCUGGGGCUCUAUAGCGGACUCAUUUCUUGGUCGUUUCCGUACCAUCCUCUUCACGUCCUCGCUCUAUAUCUUGGGACUUGGGCUGCUUACGUUUUCAGCAACGAUUCCGUCUGCAUGCAAAGAUCAAGAAACACUCGUCUCGUGCGUUUCUCAGUUUAAAGUGACAAUAUUCUUUUGUGCUCUCUAUCUAAUAGCACUAGGCGAAGGAGGCUUCAAGGCAUGUCUUAGAGCUUUCGGAGCAGAUCAGUUUGAUGAACAAGAUCCUAUAGAGUCCAAAGCCAAGAGCUCAUUCUUUAACUGGUUGUAUUUUGCGAUAUCAUUUGGUAUAUUGGCCACUAGGUUGGUCUCUAAUUAUGUCCAAGAGAAUCUGAGUUGGGCUUUAGGGUUUGGGAUUCCAUGUGUUUCCAUGAUGAUUUCUCUGUUCUUCUUUUUACUUGGGACCAACACUUAUCGCUUCAGCACUGGAGGAGAAGUAAGACAAGGACGAAAGCAUAAUAACCCUUUUGUAAGAAUUGGCCGUGUUUUUGUUGCUGCUGCGAAAAAUCGACGAGAGACUUCGUCAGAAACCCUCCUCUUUCCUCACGAAAGUUCGAAGCAAUACAGAUUCCUCGACAGGGCGGCGAUUUCAUGUGAUUCAGCUGAAGUUGAAGAAGCAAAAUCUGUGUUAAGUCUUGUUCCAGUUUGGAUGUGUUGUUUAGUAUUUGGCAUUGUUUAUGCGCAAUCCUCUACUUUCUUUACAAAGCAAGGAGCCACAAUGGACAGAUCAAUCUCAUCAACAUUCUCAGUCCCUGCAGCGACACUCCAAGGUUUCAUAAGCGUAUCAAUCCUUGUUUUCAUCCCAAUCUACGACCGUGUACUCGUCCCAAUCGCAAGAUCAAUCACUCAUAAACCAGCAGGAAUCACAACCCUUCAAAGGAUCACCACAGGCAUUUUCCUCUCUAUUCUUUCAAUGGUAAUAGCUGCUUUGGUCGAGAUGAAAAGACUCAAGACCGCUCGCGAUCACGGGCUUGUUGAUUCCCCUAAUGCCACGGUUCCAAUGAGUGUUUGCUGGCUAAUUCCACAGUACGUUCUCUAUGGAGUCUCUGAUGUUUUCACUAUGGUUGGCUUACAAGAGUUCUUCUACGGACAAAUCCCGGUCGAGCUAAGGAGCUUGGGAUUAUCUAUGUACCUUAGCGUAAUCGGCAUAGGCAACUACUUGAGUAGCUUCAUGGUAUCAGUCAUUGAGAAAACAACGAGCCAGCCAGGUCAAGCGAGUUGGUUCGAUAAUAACCUGAACCAGGCACAUCUUGAUUACUUCUAUUGGCUACUUGCUUGUCUCAGCUCCAUUUCAUUCGUUUCUUUGGUCUAUUUUGCUAAGUCGUACGUCUACAACAGCCCAAAGUAAACUCUUUCAAGAUCUUGAGGAAUAAUGUCGAGUGACUUUAAAUAAAAAAUGAAUUAAAAAAGUAAAAGUAGAAGAUAAAACUAGAGUUUGAUCCGUGUCAGAUAUUUUUCACUUUUAUACCGAUCAAAAUUUGAUUUUUUGUCAACUUUAUUUUUU